CAUCAUUCUACUAUUUCUCCUGCGCAUCUCUUGGUUUCCCAAAUGACUCCAUGUGUAUUGCUUCCCUCGCACAUUCCCGUAUAUUCUAUAUUGAAGCCGACCGACCUUUCCUCUCCUCAAGGGACUGUCUUUGGAGGCAGCUGCCCCCAACAUACCUGCCCUAACCUGCCCUGACCUGCACGUCUCCUCCUCAAUGACCAAUUCCCCGUCGCGUACCUAUACCGCAUUCCCUAUGGAGUUGACAUAGCACCACCACCUUACAACCUUUUACCUUCCCUAUCUUACCGUUCAAUAUGGUAGAUAUUCCUUCAGACGUAAGCUCGGCCGGAUCGGCUUCUCCAAAGCUCGCGCCUCGAGUCCACAUCAAUGCCACCGAAUUGCCUCACAAUGAACAUCACGAUGGCCCUACGUUUGCAGAAAAGGGGCAGUCCAGAAUAGACGAUGAUGAGGUGGAUGAAGAUGUAGAUGCCCUCAUUGAAGAGCUGGAAUCUCUGGAUCCUGAUGAUGGACUCGAGGCCGAGAUCGAAACCAUAGGAGUCGCUCGACCAGUCCCGGAAGAGAUGCUUCAGACCGAUCCACGGGUCGGUUUGAUAGAGCCGGAGGUCGUGGCAAGACGGAAAAAGUACGGACUCAAUCAGAUGAAAGAAGAGAGAGAAAAGCUGUUCAUGAAAUUCCUCGGCUAUUUUGUUGGCCCUAUUCAGUUCGUGAUGGAGGCUGCUGCCAUCCUUGCUGCCGGCCUGCAGGAUUGGGUUGAUUUUGGCGUCAUCUGCGGAAUGCUCUUGCUCAAUGCGACUGUCGGGUUUGUCCAGGAGUUCCAAGCUGGAUCCAUUGUUGAAGAACUCAAGAAGACCCUCGCUCUCAAAGCCGUGGUGCUCAGGGAAGGACGACUGAUCGAGAUUGAAGCACCGAUGGUGGUGCCUGGGGACAUACUUCAACUCGAAGAGGGAACAAUCAUACCGGCUGAUGGCCGCAUAGUUACCGAAGAUGCCUACCUACAAGUUGACCAGUCGUCCAUCACUGGUGAGUCGCUCGCAGCCGAUAAGGGCAUAGGUGAUACCUGUUACGCCUCGUCUGCAGUCAAACGAGGAACAUGCUUUAUGAUCGUUACUGCUAUUGGGGACAACUCUUUUGUCGGUCGAGCUGCAGCUUUGGUCAAUGAAGCUUCCGGCGGUACGGGUCAUUUUACCGAAGUCCUCAAUGGCAUCGGUGCCGUGUUACUGGCACUUGUGAUCUUCACCUUACUUGUUGUGUGGAUUUCCUCCUUUUAUCGAUCCAACGACAUUGUCACAAUUCUCCAAUUCACAUUAUCAAUUACCAUCAUUGGAGUUCCUGUUGGCCUGCCUGCCGUUGUCACCACCACUAUGGCUGUUGGUGCCGCGUACCUGGCAAAGAAGAAGGCCAUUGUUCGGAAGUUGUCCGCCAUCGAGUCACUUGCUGGAGUACAAGUACUCUGCUCCGAUAAGACAGGCACCUUGACCAAGAAUAAGCUCUCGUUGCACGAGCCCUAUACUGUGCAAGGUGUCGAUCCGGAAGAUCUGAUGCUUACUGCCUGUCUGGCCGCCUCGAGGAAGAAGAAGGGUAUGGACGCGAUCGACAAAGCUUUUUUCAGAGCUCUUCGAUACUAUCCACGGGCAAAGCAGGCGCUCUCCAAAUACAAAGUGGUCCAGUUUUCUCCCUUUGACCCGGUGUCGAAAAAGGUCAGCGCGGUUGUUGAAUCACCGCAGGGUGAACGUAUCACCUGCGUCAAGGGUUCACCACUUUUUGUACUUCAUACUGUUGAAGAUGACCAUCCUAUUCCCGAGGAAAUCGACAUCGCCUACAAGAACAAAGUCGCAGAGUUCGCAACUAGAGGUUUCCGAUCUCUCGGUGUUGCUCGCAAACGAGGCGAGGGCCAGUGGGAGAUACUAGGAAUCAUGCCUUGUGCUGAUCCACCACGAUAUGAUACGGCGAAGACAAUCAAUGAAGCAAAGAGGCUCGGCCUCUCCAUAAAGAUGUUGACAGGCGACGCGGUCGGAAUUGCCCGUGAGACAUCACGACAACUGGGGCUCGGCACCAAUGUUUUCAAUGCCGAGCGCCUCGGUCUUGCUGGUGGUGGUACAAUGCCUGGCUCCGAAGUGUACGAUUUUGUUGAAGCCGCCGAUGGGUUUGCAGAAGUGUUCCCUCAGCACAAAUACAACGUGGUGGAAAUAUUGCAGCAACGUGGUCACCUCGUGGCGAUGACUGGCGAUGGUGUCAAUGAUGCUCCCUCGUUGAAGAAAGCAGAUACGGGAAUCGCUGUCGAAGGGGCCUCUGAUGCAGCUCGUUCAGCCGCAGAUAUCGUUUUCCUCGCUCCUGGCCUCUCGGCCAUCAUUGAUGCUCUGAAAACAUCUCGACAAAUCUUCCACCGGAUGUACGCUUACAUCGUCUAUCGCAUUGCAUUGUCACUUCAUCUGGAAAUCUUUUUCGGGUUAUGGAUUGCCAUCCAAAACCGGUGUCUGAACCUGAAGCUUGUUGUCUUUCUGGCAAUCUUCGCCGACAUUGCGACGUUGGCAAUCGCUUACGACAAUGCGCCUUACUCGAAGACGCCAGUAAAGUGGAACCUACCCAAGCUCUGGGGUACAUCGAUCCUGCUGGGAAUGGUCUUGGCCGCUGGCACUUGGAUAGCUCUGACAACCAUGCUCAUCUAUGGGGACGACAAAGGUAUCGUGCAAAACCAUGGCCACAAAGAUGCCGUCCUAUUUCUCCAGAUCUCGCUUUCUGAAAAUUGGUUAAUCUUCAUCACUCGAGCAAACGGACCUUUCUGGUCAAGCCUUCCAUCGUGGCAACUCACUGCCGCAAUCCUCUUGGUCGACAUUCUCGCCACCCUUUUCUGUAUCUUUGGGUGGUUCGUGGAUGGGAAAGGGACCAAUAUCGUUGCUGUGGUCCGAAUCUGGCUGUAUUCAUUCGGCGUGUUUUGCGUAAUGGCUGGGGUGUAUUACCUCUUACAGGACAGUGUCACUUUUGAUGAUAUCGUCCACGGGCGGCGGUCUCGAAGCAAUAAGGUGCUGAAGAAGCGAGAUAUGGAAGAUUUUCUUGUGUCACUGAACCGCGUGUCCACCCAGCACGAGAAGGUCGCGUGAUAGCGAUUAGCCUGCUCACGGGUGCUCACCACGCUGUCCACAUCCACAAAGAAGUCUGCGAUCUGGCCGUUCGUACCACUCGACCCGGAAGACGUGGACCCAGUCAAUCCACCAGCCGAGUCCAGCAAUGCCAGAGUCACACAACAUCGCACACCCAACACAACCCCGAGAGCCCUGAGUGGUGGUUACGGUCCGAGGCUCAAAUUGAGCCACUCCUCGCUCCCAAGGAGUAGUGGACUCCUAAAUCGAGAAGACGUUACUUAAUCUACGAUCUCGACUACACCAUUUCAGAUAGACCGGGAGGGUCUCUGGCAACACAAGGAAUCGAUGAUUAACUGUCGGCUCUCAGCGUGUUUAUACUACCUCUUUUCCACUCACGACUUGAACGAACGAACGAUACCCCUUACAGAUUGAGCAUUGUGACUAUCAGCGGAAGUACUCUCUCCGGUGGCACUCUUUGAUGGCUGCAUCUUAUUGCCUGGCUCGAAAAGGAGACGUUUUGCUGGCGGGCUAGUUGCCAACAGCGAGCCAUCAGCGUUGGUGAUAGAGCCGAACUAUUGAGAUCAUACAGACCAUUUUCUUUGUGAUUGCUGGUAUACAGCCGUUGGUCCUCACUCGAUUGGUCUACCCUUCUACAGCUCGAUAUGUAUCGAAGCUUGUCAGAUUAGCCAUGGUGCAGAUGUUUACUAGCCUGGUUGCAGUUGCUUGAACUCUGCAGACGCCAGACCCGAUCUCACGUGCUUUUUGCAUCUUUCGACUCAUG